CCAUUGUCACUAUUGCUGCUACUCUCACCCCAGCUGCCGUUAACCCUUCCGUUUACCUGUCUCUAAUACGAGCCUCACCUUUCCCAUCGCUGCUGCUUCUGCUGCUACUGUUACCUAGCUCCCGUUAACCCCUCCGGUCACCCAUCCCUGAUGCGAGACGCGGAGUUCAAUCAGAUGCCAUCAUCGAACACCAACUCUUUCUCCGGCACAUGUCCAACCAAGCUCCGCUCUUCUUCCUUCCACAGCUCGCCACUCUCUCUUCCUCGUCACCCUUCCCAGCUGCAGGUUUCGAAUUUUAAAUGAAGUCCCAUCCAUGCCCGCGCAAUCAUCAUUGCAGAAUUGCCGUCAACUCCAAGCCUGAGUGGCUGACAGCCACCACCACCACCACCACCUCUCCAUGGCCAGUCAAAGCUCGACCACAGUGACAGGAAAGAGAAACCCCCCUCAAAUAAAGAGGCGUGAGGAGAGAGAAGGAAGAAAAAACAAAGCCUCGGCUAGCUCUGCUCCACUUUUCCGAGGAUUCUCACCAUGUGGCCACUUCCUGAGCACCACCAUUAAUGUCGUCUCUGCUCGUUUAGGCUCUUGGGAAUAGUGGAGGAACCGGAGAACACCCAUCUCUCUUUCUCCUUGAUUUCUGGCACCGGAUCUUGAAUGGCCACUUGGGAGACCCGUUUUGCAGGCUAGGGAGAAGCUGGUGUUCUUCCUCUCGUUCCGAGCUGAGGAACAAAGCUUCUGCUUGUGGAUAAAGGUGGCAGCCAUGCAGCAAAAAGGUCGACUUCAGCCGCCACCCAGCUAGCUUUGUCGUCGGCUUUCGGCUUCCACAUGCUUGUAUCGGAAGCUCGAUCUUGACUUGGUCAACUCGAGACAGAGGCGAUGGUGCUGCAGUUGGAGGACUUCGGUUUGGAUCCCUCGGAUGGGCCUGCGACCGAGUCGGAGCCGGUGGAGCUGCCGUCAACACCCUCGGUUGUGUACAUGGACGUCAGCGUCGUCCCUGAGCACGACAAAUCAGGAUUGGCAUCCACGAUCUCCAGCCUCCAAGCGGAAAUGUGGCAAUUGAGAUCAAGGCAGAGGAACCUGGACGCGAAGCGGCGUGAGGCUCUUGAUCGGAUACUGGACAUCAAAGGAAGCAUCAGGGUGUUCUGCCGAGUCAAGUCCGCGGACGAGAGAAAGGUGGCAACAGUACCCAUUUCGAUCGAAGCAGAAAAGAUCACUAUUAGAUCAGUCGGAACGAGGAAAGAUUUCGUGGUGGAUCGAGUGUUCUCCCCAGAGUCCACACAAGAGGAUGUUUUCAGAGAAGUACAGCCAAUCCUCAGAUCCGCUCUCGAUGGCCACAAUGUCUGCAUCUUAGCGUACGGUCAGACUGGAACAGGAAAGACGCACACAAUGGAAGGAAUCAGUGACCAACCGGGAAUAGUUCCUCGAACCAUCGAAGAGCUCUUCCAUCAGAUCUCUCAAGACAAAUCAGCCUCGUUUACCUUGUCCAUGAGCAUGCUCGAGGUCUACAUGGGAAGCCUCAGAGACCUGUUGGUCCACAGACAUUCUUCAGCUCGAUCCUUCCACUGGAUUCCUAAAUGCAGCAACCUCAGCAUCCUGAGCAGCAGCGACGGCGUGGUGGAGAUCGAGGGACUCACGGACGUGCCGGUGACCGACGCCAAACAGGCCUACCGAUGGUACGCCAGGGGGAAGCACGCUCGUUCUACUUCCUGGACUAAUGUCAACGAUGCUUCAAGCCGAUCACACUGCUUGACCAGAAUCACCAUCCUUCGAUCGAACGACGCGGUGGGAGGUGGCAAACCAGUGAGCAAGCUUUGGCUGGUGGAUCUCGGCGGCAGCGAGCGCUUGCUGAAGACCGGUGCAACCGGACAAACACUGGAUGAAGGGAGGGCUAUCAAUCUCUCUCUCUCUGCACUUGGUGAUGUUAUUGCUGCUCUGAGAAUGAGGCGCAGUCACAUUCCUUACAGGAACAGCAAGCUGACUCAGAUCCUCAGUGACUCGCUGGGCAAUAAUUCGAAGGUUUUGAUGAUUUUGCACAUCAGUCUUGGUGAUGAUGAUGCAGCGGAGACUGUGUGUUCUCUGAGCUUCGCUAAAAGAGUCAGGGCGGUGGAGGCAAAUCGAGAACUUUCAGAGGAGACGAAGAAACGAAAGCAGCAAAGCAUCACUGAGCUUGAGCAGCACAUACAGGAAGCCGAAGAGGAGCUGCAGAGAGUGAGUAAGCAGAUGGAGAUGGCCGAGAAGCUAAUCCAGGAGAAGACCGAGAUCUUGCGAGUGGCUCAUCAGCUCCCUGACGAGAUGGCGCCGGAAACCCAGGCAGCAGAGAAGCCAAUCCGAGCGACGCACGCGGUGCCGGUCCCCCGUUUCAUGGCUUCCACCGAGUGCAGCCGGCUGAGGCAGAAGACAGCAGAAUUGACGGGGAGAUCAAGAGCCAUGAGCGUGGUGGACAGAAGACCCAUAGAUCUGUUUGGAUCUCAGUCACUUAGCUGCUCAGUCCAUGAUCAUGUGAUGCCGACGAAGAAGAAGAGAACAUGGCCGUGCAAGCGAAGCGAUCCGUCACCGCACUGUAACACACCGAAUGAGAGCCACAACAUCAUGGAUUCAAAGGGAUCAUCGUUACCGAGAUCGAAGAAGGUUGUGUCCGCUUCGAAUCCGAAUCUGAGGGUGACAUUGCAUCGGCAGCACAGAAGAAGGAUGUCGGAUCUGAUCUAACAAAGCAAUGCCUGCAAAACUUGACUGCUAUGUGAAAUUAAAUUGAGUUCUUUCUUUCUUGCUUGAGAUUGA